AUGAACGGUGAUGUUGAUUGUACUACGGACGAGUCGAUCGGCUUCUUGCCAGCUAGGAAGCAUGCACCGGAGGAGAACAAAUCAAACGCAGAUGAGAUAGGAUCGCUUCUAACUCGAGACGAUCUCAUCAAACUUGAGUCUCAAGAGCCAUGUUGGAGACGAGCACGCUGGGCAUUAUUGAUUAUGUUCUGGAUUGUUUGGAUCGGUCUUCUUGCAGCAGCAGUCAUAAUCAUUAUUUUCACUCCUAAAUGCCCACCGAGGCCUAAUCUGAACUUCUGGCAGUCCAAAAUUGGAUAUUGGGUCGAUCCUUUUGCGUUCAAAGAUUCUGGCAACGACUUGAUAGGGGACUUUCGAGGAUUAACCAGUUCAAUGACUUAUUUGAAGGAUACGGUUGGCGCUGGUUAUGUGAUCAUCGGAUCUUUUCUUUCUGGUUACUAUACAAAUACUGAUAAUGAAUUGGGUCUCAUUAACAACUUCACCGAAGUAGAUCCUGCCCUCGGUAGCAUGGAAGAUUUUCGGUUUAUGAUCAAGGCGUUCCACAGAGGCGGUAUGGAAGUCGUGGUCACCCUGGAUUUCAAUUCAAUCUCUCUAUCACAUCCUUGGGCUAAAGAGACCAGCUUGCUGAAACCAGCGGCUCCUGGACAAAUGGUCCCUCAUCGGCAACCCCCGAGCUUGCUUGCCGUUGAUCCCGGUGACUGUGGAUACGGGUUAGGAAACGGACCAGACGCUACUUUGAAGUUUUUGGGUACCGAUGAAGAUCCCGCCGCUCAUUUGAUCAUAAGCCGACAGUUCGUGACUGACCGGGGAUGGAAAGCGAAACCUCAAGAACCAUCUUUGACGAAAAUAAGUAUUGAAUCUUACGAUUUAACCUACGAAAAUUCCAAACCAAGUCUUGGUCUUGCAACUAGCACGCCAAGUAAUCAACGACAUGAUAACAUUUUGGCCUUGGCCUCCAUAUUUCUACUACCUGGUUCACCCAUCCUCUAUUAUGGAUCGGAACUGGCCACACGUAUUACUCCCACAACAACAGCACCGAUGAAGCUAUUUCCGAAGGGAAAAGUUUCAUUCCCGAACCUUUCUGAGCGAGAUAGUGUCUUGACCUGUCAUUUUCCAAUGCCGUGGAGUCGUUCUGGGUUGGNGUUGGAGUUUUCAGCGGGUGUCACGAACAAUAGCUUUGCAAAAUACUUGGAGGCAAACGGAAUCCGCGAAACGGUCGAGUCCGGUUUAUCCGUCGGUCGACGUUCUACUUCGUUGUGGCUUAUCCAAAAGCUUCUCACCUUACGCAAAAUACCGAGCAUCCUUUGGGGGCAAUUUGAACUGCUAAAACCGGAUUAUGCUACCAAUGGAGUAGAAGUGGAGUUGUUCGUUCGCAAAGCUGAACAGUUUCCUCCAGUGAUUGUUGCACUGGUUUCAUCGUCCGCACCCAGCGGCUCCGUAUUUGACUUCUCCUCCGUAUGUGAGUACUUAACUCCGCGUGUGAUCUAUCCGCCAAAAGAAGGAAUCACAGAAGAUGUGAAAGUGAGAAGCAAAGCAAUUUAUCUCACGUCGGACACCAAACCAUCAGUCUACGUUUUUGAAUGCAACUAG